CCCCCAAAGCCACCGACUCCUUUUUCCUUUGAAAACCGAAAAAGGGGCUUGAAAUUCUCCUUCUUUCUUGUUCAAUAACAAGAUUUAGGACCUAGAACACUCUCCUAAACCCAGAAAAUCCCAGAUCUGCGCUGUUCUUCCCCUUGCUGUCCGUCGGCCUCUGCUAUCCGUGAUUUCUGGUCUUUUCCUGCUCCCGUGACAUCCCUUCCCCUCUCCCGAUCUCUGCCAAGCUCGCCAGAUCCGGCUGCUAUUGCUGGAAAUAUUCUGGUUCUUGAUUGUUCUGUCAGUUUAGUACGUGAAUUGAGUGCUCAGUUCUGCGGAAUGAGGUAGUGUGCCCCGAGACUCAGAAAUCAAGGGGAGUGACGUGAUAAAAGGCUAGCCACUUGAGAUUUGACAUAGAUUCUAGAUACAUGUAUACCACGCUCUUGAACAUCAGUAUGAGGCAGUAUCUGGUUUUGUAUGCGAAGUAUUUGGAUACAUCCCUAGGGCUGGUGAGCCCAUCAAAGUUGUCCUCAAAAGGGAUAAUCAAAGAUGAUGAUGAUAAGCAUGGUGAGGAUGGAUCUGAUCAUCAAGAUUUGAAGGAAAGGCAUCAAAUAUAUAGACUUGAGCUAAGGCUAAUAAUUCUAAAUCUUGAGCACACCAUUGAAUUACUUAUUAAUGUGAGUGAAAUGUUGUCCCUGGUGCAGAUAUUAGUUGCAAAUGCCCAAAAGCUUAGUGUUGUUCGUUUUGAGCAGAUAAACAAUGGGGAAGCAAUGUCAGAGGUCAAAGAUGUAACUCAAUUGAUUCCCAAAAUCAUGAAGAGGAAAGGGAACGGUGACAAAUGGGAUAACAUUACCUAUGUUGAGAAUGCAUUUCAAAAGGGACAAAAGAAUCGCCUUUUUGAUCGCUAUGUAGUUGCUGAAGAUACAUAAGAUAAUGGAAAUUGGCUACAUUGCAUAUUCUGUUUUCUUUUUCUUUAGCUCCUUUUUUUCCUUUGUCAUAUUCUUUCUGCACCAUGAAGAAGAAACGGAAGGAAACCACAGGAUAACUAGAGAGACUAACAUUGUAAAAGUUUUUCACAGAUGAGGUAUUAACAUCUGAAGUAUCAUCAUGGUCAGUUGUGCAUAUGACAGUGUCUCUGGACCAUAAAUUCUCCAAUAUUGGAGUUUGAAUGGUCUGAACCUGGGUAUUCCUGCUCUGCUGACGAGCUUCUCUUUUGAGUGUAAACUGAAGAGGCAGCUCUGACUGAAGCAUGAGUACAGGCUUCUUACUGAGAUCACUCCAAAAAGUAUAGCUGUUCACAAUCCCACAGAGGUGGCUAGAUUUGUGGUAAGUUUUCCAUUUAAGUUUCCAUGUUCUUCUUGAACUUGCCACUAAAACUUUGCUGAAAAACUUUUAACCUUCUCUUUAAAACUCCAUGGUCUAUGUUGCUAUUUAAUUCUUUUCUACUUAGCUGAUGACUGCUAGCAAACUAAAAUUAUUUGGCUAAUGCCAUUUGUUGUGUCAUUGGUCAGGCCAGUGGCAUGGCUUUCCUUGAUACUACAUCUAGUUGGAAGAAUUGUUACUUAUUUAUGGGUUUUAUUUCUUGAUAAUUGGGUGUUGUUUAAUUAUGUAUGUAAAGUGCAAUUUCUUUGUUUGAAAAAAAAAUAAAUUUAUGGAGUCCUCUGUCCUCUGUUUCAAGUCUAAGCCUUUGCUCUCUUUGCUGCUACCCUUAGGUCUUUGAUUUAUGUUUGUAGGGAUAAGGAUUUUGUCAAACUUGGUUAUUGGUUUUUGGAUUCUUGCUUUGCCUUCAAUUUUUUGGUGUUUAGGGAAUUGAUACUUUUGGAAGAAAAUGGAUAUUUUCAA